CAAUCUAGAACGUAGACUAGGCUCUAUAGUACGCGAAUGUACCUCAGUAGGCGGGCAGAUACCAAGGAGCCGAGAGUCAUCUAUUCAGACCUUUCUUGCCAAUAUUAAGGCUUGGAUCAAUUCGCCCGAUUACAUGUGCCGGUACGAAAAAGCGCAACGACUACGAUUAGCUGGGACUGGCUCAUGGUUCACGAGCUCGGAAGUAAACCCGGAUAUGGGAAAACUGUUCUUUCCCAGUUAGUUAUCGACGACCUCAAAUCAGAAUACGAGACUUUUGGGCCUCUCGACGCCCCUCAUAGACCAACAUUGUUCUACCACUUUAAUUCAGAGUUGUUCAGUUAUUGCACCACUACUCAUGCUUUGCGGGCAGUGCUCCUCCAGCUUGUCCAUGCUAUCCGCCGGGAAGAUGAUAUGCUUGAUGGUUUAUCGGUCUUAAUUGACAGCGAGAGUAGCGGCCAAGUGUCUGGAAGCAACGAAGAAGUCAAAGAAGCACUUCACUUUCUUCUCACGCGUGUGGGUGGCGCUACCCUCGUAUUCGAUGCAAUCGAUGAAUGUUCAGAUGCGUCCCUAUUUCUAGAAACGAUAUAUAAUCUUUGCUAUGAGAUGGGGACGAAAGCCUUGCUACUUACUAGGCCGAACCUAAGUCUUCCGAGGGUGUUCAAAAGUUUCAUAUCGUUAGAUCUCAAAGAUUGGCAGAAUGCCGAAGAUAUCAACUCGUUCCUAGCUCCCGAGAUUCAGUGCCUUCGAGCUGACGGUUUGCUUGGUGAGGAUACUGGAUGCGAUGAAAUCUGCUCACUCCUAACCACGAGGUCUCAAGGAAUGUUUCUAUGGGCUCAAUUGAUGGUUACCUAUCUUAACUGCAAGGUUCUCUCUCCGAAGGAGCGAGUGGAAGCGAUCUUCAUUGUUGAGGUCGUUGAGGGACUCGAAAAAUUAUACGAAAAGAUUUUAACGCCCUCGGUCGCGCUUUCGCUAAGGAACAGGCCAAGGUCCGCAGGAUGUUUCAACUCUUAUGUGUUUCCCAAAGGUCAUUCAGCACACCGGAGCUCCAAACUAUACUUGCGGUUGAACUUGGACCUAAUAGUGGAUUUCGGAAGCGUUCUUCCAAACUUGAGCGGGGGUCUAGUUGAGGUUGAUAAUCGAGGCUCAGUUAUGUUUAUUCACUCUUCGUUUAGGGAAUUCUUGACCAACCCUACUCUUAGUGGGAAAAGCGGUUUUAUGGUUGAUAUCAGUCGGGCGCAUAUAAAUACUUCGGCACUUCUACUAUCAUAUCUUAUUUACAGCACUCCACAAGGCCCCAAACUUCGCAGCAACCCACGUAUGCGACAUAAUGGAACCCUAAACUUCCUCGAAAAAGAAUUCCCUUUGAUGGCCCACGCGGCCAUUUUUUGGGUUGACCAUGCCAGUCAAGGCAUUUCUAAGACGAACGAUCGCUGUACCAACGCACCCGACGAAGAAGAAUCUAAUUUUUACUCAAUGCUUGAUAAAAUGUUGGCUCUACGUACUUCGAUUACUGGUUGGAUAGAGAUUUCUUGGUUUUAUGACUGCGAGCCAAGCGUCAAACGCCUUGUUAAAAGGUUAACAGAACGAACUGUACACUCUUAUAGCCAAGGAGACCCCAAAGCAUUAUACAUCACAGUGGUAUCAAAGCUGAGCGAAUUCUCUAGAGAUUUAGAUCUACUAAGUUCAGAAUGGGGCCAUGAACUGCGGGGAAAUCCAUCAGCUAUAUGGGGUCCAAACAUCACCGCAUUCAACAAAUCACCUUUUUGGUACGGCACACAGGAGACUAUCGUGUCAUCUCUAGUACCGAAUUCCAUUGAAGACAAAUCAAAACCGCGAGAAUUGGUUCUAAUGUCCAAAUCGGCGACGGGUGGGAUAUCCUUCUUAUCUGUCCCGUCGUUGGGGAUCGUCUCCAUAACGCCCUCAAGCGACUACAUGAGCUACCUCGAUAAUUUAGCUAAUAGCGAAAAUCGGAACGCCCAAAGAUAUAUUCCUAACUCGCGACUUGAGCUUGCGCGUUGGAAGGAAUCGGUUAGUCAGGGCUGUGAGGCUAGAUAUGUCAUAAAGCUCAUCGACUCGGGUCAAACGCUUUGGGAUGUCAAAUUUGACGUCCCAAGCGAAAAUAUUUCUAGUAUCCUAGAUACCUCAUGGCACAUGCGCACUUUCGACCGUUUCGAUUUCCCGGUGGCUAUUAGCCCAACACUAAGACAAGCCGUAGUGGGGCGUACUCUACUCACAAUUGACGAAGGAGAGCCGACCACAUCUAACCAUAUAGUAGAAGGUAGAUCACCAAAUACCGCAAAGCAAGACUUGAGGGUCAACGCCCCUAUAAGAACUGGUUCGCUGCGUAUCUCCGAUCAAAUCUAUUUUUCUAGUAACGGCGAAGCAAUAGCUAUUUCUACGAGAAAAAUACACGAACGACACUAUGAUGUUCAGAAAAGAGAUAUUGAAAUAUGGCGCGGUGAUAUUUCUCGACUCGCGUUUACCUUCAAAGGUCGAGUGACAGCUUCGGCGCUCUGUACACUAAAUGAUCGAACAUCGCAACCCUUAUUCAUGUUCCACCCUUCUCUAGAAUUAAUUAUAUUCCCGCAAGAUUACGUUCUAUGCUUAUGGCCUUAUAAUCAACUUGAUGCUCCUCUCUUAACGAUGACCUUAACGAAAUCCAUCAUCCCAGUCGACAUAGACUCUAACUCUAUACUCAAAUAUAUUUUCGCUGAGAUGUUGCCGCUAGAAAAUGAUAAUUCCUCGUCAUUUGACACAUAUCGCCCAUGUGUACACCCCUCUAUAAUUGGAAUGGACAGCGCCAUCUUGACUGAGUCUAUGUCAUUCAUGGAUAUUUCUGCGUUCAUUGAGCGAGCAAUAGCCGCCCUCAGUAUACCAGAGGUAGCCAGUAACGAUAAUACAACACCAAGAUCUCCAGAUACUCUCAAUAUCAGAGGUGCUAUUAGGAGUAGCUCAGAGGUGAUACUGAAGCAAGAAAAUGGAGGCCGCCAGUCGGUUAUUUGGAAACCCGGGGGAAACUCAAGCGAUCGAUUUCAUAUUACGCCGCUUCCAAAAUUAAAUAUGAAUGAAGAGGGUUCCAUUAACCUACUCCCGCUCAACACGGACCAAAGGCAACUCACCUUGGUCUGGAAUAAAGAGAAGCAGAAGACUUAUAGCUUCCUAGAUAGACAGUCGCGCCACUUACCGAGCAUACUCAAACGGCGGUUGGAUUCAUUGGAUUCGAGAGGUCUAUGCAAUACUGAGGAUGAUGUGAAUAGGGAGGGCACCUCUUCCCAGUUGCAAGGGAGUUCGACGAAGCGGAUAAAACUCACUAACGAAUAGCGAGCCCUAAUUCUCAUCGUGCGGAGUCUAUACACCCGUAAACUAAUCUGACCAAUCCAGAACGACGCCGAAGUGAGGUUGGCCUCGUGAUCUUCGCGUUGCCUUGGAAUUCAACUAGCCCCGAUAAAGCAUGUCUCAGAUAGAUUAUUGUGGUCCGCACGAGGAUACCCAUAGACUCAAUGUGAAGGGCUGUGUGAGACACGGGACGAAACGAAAGCACGUGGCAUACGACGAACUAGAUAGGAAUCUUCAGCCAUUAUAUUCAGAUUUCGGCUGUACAUUCUU